UCUCACCAAUGAUGCGCCAUCCAGCGCGUCCUUCGUUUUCAUUCAUGCAGCCUCCCAUCUCAAAUUCUACUCAGUAUAUAACAGAAAAAACAUCUUCCACUUCACACCCCGCCCUCUCAUAACCACAACAUGUCGCGAUUCACAAACCCAUCGGUAUUCCCAUCCUUCUACGAGCUACCCUCAACAUCAGACCCAAGCGCACCAUCAGACAAGACAUGGUACCUCCUAGCGCAGAUCAAAGAGAACAUGACGAUCACGAAACCCACGCUCAUAGUGACGGACAGAAAAGGCGUGGACUUCGCGCUGCUAUUCGAAGAUAGCAUCAGCUUAAAGGGGUUUCGGAAGGGACAUGUCAUCUUCGUACCUGGUGCGAGACGAACGGAUCGCGAGGGCGAGGGGAAGAAAGCUGUUGUGCACGUCCCUGUUGGUCAGGGCGCUGAUGUAAAAGUCAUACCAGGGAGUUUGGAAAGAGUCUUUGAGCUGGGCGUGGUGCUGGAAGGACAAGAGGGGAUGAGUCAGAGGUGUGCUGCGUGCGGGAAGAUGGAGGGCGCGUUUAUGAAGUGCACUGGGUGCAGUUUUACUGCGUAUUGCGGGAAGGAUUGUCAGGUUAAGGGCUGGGGUGAGAUGGAUCACAAAUCUAAUUGUAAGGUGUUGAAGGUUCUUAGGGACAUCUCAGUAUAACUCAAUGGAGUUUACUUGGUAGCUUGUAUAAGUAAGAUUGCAUAGAGCAGGUUGAUGCCACUGCCUGCCAAUUCACGUCGCAGACGCUAGGGG